AUGCUUCUCUCCCCUCUGGCCACUGCUGAAGAGGGCAUUUCCCUUCUGGUCGGUUCAGACCAGUUGUGGCGAGUGAACGGUGACCAAGUGCUGCAUUGCAAGGAAAAUCAGAAGCUGGUAGCUAUAAGCACCAUUUUUGGCUGGACCUUUCAAGGCCCAGUGUCAAACCACAGCUCUCUCAAAGGCAGCGCCAGCAGCAUGGUAUGCGUGCUAAGAACGGAAUGCUUCACGAACGAGGACGUCGGAGACAUCCUGCGGCGUUUUUGGGAGCUAGAGAGCAUCGGAAUUUCUGACCAGCCCUCCAGCAAGAUGGAAGAACAGAACGAACUGCUGAACGAGUUCAACCGAACAAUACGGAAAGUGAAUGGACGCUGUAGCAUGUUCUCUGCUGUCUGGCUGGUGCGUCAACGCCUACGUCUACGGAACAUACUAGGUAGUCUACGGAACAUACUAGGAAGGAACAAGUUUAGUUUCGAAGAACUAACGACCAUGCUCCAAGAGGUGGAAGCCGUCGUGAAUUCUCGACCUUUGGCCCCUGUUCACGACGCUGCACACAAGCAGGAGGCUUUAACGCCUGCGCACUUCUUGUUGGGCAGGCAUCUGACGGCUUUCCCAUCAGUCAACCUAGAAACUAUGCCAGGUUCUGCGAGAGGGGACAUUACCAGACGUUGGCUACACAGGCAGCAACUACUGGACCGAUUCUGGCGGAGAUGGCGGAAGGAAUACCUCCUUCAGCUCCGCUCCGCACACCGAUCGCCCGAGACGCGGACAAACGACCUACAGAACGGGGACCUCGUUCUUGUUCACGAAGACAAGACCCCACGGCUCAUGUGGAAAACGGGGAGGAUCGAAACAGUUCAGCUGGGCAGAGACAACCCCGUGCGUUCCUGUCUAGUGCGCCUACCGAGCGGAGUAACGCUUCGGCGCCCCGUGCAGCUCAUUUACCCCCUGGAACUGGCAAGUGAAUGA